GUCAGACAGCUCAGACAGAGAAUGCUGAGAAGGACUGGAACAUGGCUGCACGUAAACGAGCCUCUCAGAACGACACCGGUCUGCAGGUGGGAACCAGCGGCAAACAUCUGCGCUCCGGGAAUGAGAAAAGACACGUAGCUGCUCUGGUUCUGGCCAGGGGAGGAAGCAAAGGCAUCCCUCUGAAGAACAUCAAGAUGUUAGCUGGUGCUCCUCUGCUGGGAUGGGUGCUGAGAGCUGCUGCUGACUCAGAGAUGUUUGACAGUGUGUGGGUGUCGACAGACCACGAUGAGAUUGAAAAAGUGGCAAAAUCCUGGGGCGCCAAAGUUCACCGGAGGAGUCCCCAAGUUUCCAAGGACUUAUCAUCUUCAGUGGAAACCAUCCAGGAGUUUCUCAGACAUAAUCCGGAGGUGGACAUUGUUUGUCACAUCCAGGCUACGUCUCCGUGUCUCCAUCCGUCUCACCUACAGCAGGCCUUAAAGAAGAUCUUAGAGGACGGCUAUGACUCUGUCUUCUCUGUGGUCCGGAGACAUCAGUUCCGCUGGAAGGAGGUCAAGCCAGAUGGUUCUGAAUACACCCACCCGUUUAAUUUGGUGCCUUCAAAGCGUCCACGGCGUCAGGACUGGGACGGAGAACUGUACGAGAACGGUUCGUUCUACAUCUCCAAAAGAGACCUCAUCUUGACAGAGGGCUCUACGCAGGGUGGUAAGGUAGCCUACUUUGAGAUGGAGCCGGAGCACAGCGUGGACAUAGAUGUGGACAUUGACUGGCCUGUGGCAGAACAGAGAAUUCUCAGGUGA